ACCCACCCCAUUCCCUCGCGUAAGACCCGACCCAUAGCAUACAGGUGAUAAUAAUGCGAUAAAAAAAAUAUAUACUACACCUAAUGUCCUAAUGAAAUCUCUAGAAAACUAGAACCCAGUAACCCACUUACCCACCCUCAUUCUCAAAACAAAAACCCUAGCCUACUCUCUCAGUCGUCUCUCCUCUCACCUCUCUCCUCUCUCCUCUCAAGCGCUGAAUCUACUUCCUCACACCCCUCUCUUCGAUCCUUCUUCUUCAACCUCGUGUGCAAUCGGAUCAGUUUCGACUAAAUGGAUUAAGUUAAUCUCGCCGCUCUGAUCAAAUCUCUCCUCUCAACGCUGCGAUCUGCAAUUCUUCAAUUCUAUUUGCGAGUUUCAUUCAAUCCUGCAACUCAUUCAAUUUAGGAACAUUAAUGCUCUGAAGAUUGCCGGUAAUAAUAGCAUCAAAGGCUAUCAAUUACCCAAUUUUUCUUCGUCUUCUUCCUCCGCGACAAUUCUCUCUCCUUACAAUGGUAGGAGGCAGGGAAAGUAUUAGCUUUUCCUUCUCCUCUUUACCGAGUUUAGCUGGAGGAAGAGAGCAUGGAGACACGAGAAGCAAUCGUGGUGGAUCAAGAGGCUGUGGUCGUGAUCGUGGUGCUCCUACCGGUACUUCAGAUAGUAUUGAUACUCUUGGUAGACUGUUGGUACGUAUAUUGAGACAUAAUGCGACGGAGCUGAAUUUGGACAUGCGUAAUGAUGGAUAUGUCAAGCUUCAAGAUUUAUUAAAGCUGAACAUGAAAACAAGGUCAAAUAUCCCAUUAAGCUCACAUUCUAUUGAUGAAAUUAGAGAAGUAAGUCCCAUUGCUUUUUUUUUCUCACGCAUUGAUGAUCACCCAAUCGUGUAAAAUAAGUUGAUAGUUGAUACAAAUUUAAUGAUUAGAUUAUAGUUCUGUUGUGUUUCCAUAUUUCAUUUAAUCCUUAGGCACAAUUCACAGUUUUCUUCAUUCCUACUUUUUUUUCAUUGAGCAUUUCAUAUGAUCAACCAUCAUAGACAUAUUUUUCUAGUUUAUCUUUUACAAGUGUCCUUGAAUCUUUCCCCUUCAAUUUGUGUGCCUUCCUACCAAUUAUUUAUGACCAGAAGUCGUAUGUAUUCAUUUCUAUAAAUUCUGAUGAUGUGAAAAGAUUUUUAAAGAUAAACUUUUUUCAUUAUACUUCGUAUAUUCAAUCUCUCUCCCUCCCCCUCUCCCCCAAACCCCAAGUAUUUCCAAUCUCUCCCCUCCCCUUUUCGAUCAAGUACUGAAAUUAACUCAUUGCUUUUCCAAAAGAAAAAAAAGACAAACAACAGCUAUAAUAUGAUACAGUUUUAGACAUUGUAUUUCCUUUUAUUAGACUACUUUUUUUUUAUCCAAAUUUGAUACAAGUACAUAUGUAUUACGGAGUACAAUUUACCCAAAAACUUUGCCAAUUUGAAACCCAACAAGCUUGAGUAGGUUCUAUUUUAGAAUCUAAGCAUAGAAGUAAUUUGGGGCCACUUAGGCCCAAAGUCUUG